UUACUACAUCAGAAGAUCCCCAGGCAGCAGUCGAUGGAUUGUUUUCUUAGAAGGCGGCUGGUAUUGUUUUGAUCACAUCAGCUGCUCUGAAAGAUUCCGAGUCAUGGGCGACUCCAUGAGUUCUAGAAACUGGCCAAAGUACAAACAAGGUUCUGGCAUUCUGUCCUGGGAUCCAGAGGAAAACCCAUACCAUUUUCACUCAAAUGUUGUGUACAUCCCAUACUGUUCCAGUGAUUCCUGGAGUGGCACACGUAACAAAACAUCAGUCAUGGAUUUUUCAUUCAUGGGAUCCCUAAUACUUGAAAAGAUCUUCAAGGAGCUUCUGAGGAAAGGCUUGAGGCAGUCCUCCAGCGUGAUUCUGGCUGGAUCCAGUGCUGGUGGUACAGGUGUGCUCAUAAACCUGGACAGAAUCUCCGACAUGAUCCGUGCUGUCAACAGCAAUACUCAAGUGUUGGGGGUCGUAGAUGCUGGUUGGUUUCUGGACAACGAACCAUUUAAAGCCAAACCUUGCAGGGACUCCUUUAGCUGUUCUCCGAUGGCUGGCAUACAGAGAGGGGCCAGAGUAUGGGAGCCAAGACUUCCAGCAGAUUGUACAGCUCAGUACAGCACAGAAAUAUGGAGAUGUUUUUUUGGUCACCGUGUCUAUCCUUCUGUAAAAGCUCCAGUCUUCAUUAUUCAGAACAUGUAUGACGCCGCACAGAUUCAGGUCAACAAUGUGUUCGAUGAGGCACUACAGACUCAGCUGACCUCAGAGCAGUGGAGGUACUUGUUGAACCUGGGAGAGCAAAUGAAAGGAACUUUGCACAACUUGUCGGCAGUGUUCUCACCAGGCUGUGUAGCACAUGAAGUCCUGCUGAAGCCAGAGUGGCAUAAAUUAAUCAUUGAUGGGGUGUCACUGCCAGAGUCCCUACACUGCUGGGAGAUGAGCCACACUAACAAUUCUUUGUGUGGACAUUUGAGACAUUGUCGACAACAGCUGAUAGACAAGUGCCCUUGGCCUCAUUGUAACUGCUCCUGCAUGAAGUCCCGGUGGGAGGUGUUGUCGCAAGCUCAUCAGUUUUUCCUGCAAACUUUGGCUGCCGUAAUGGGCAUAAAUCCAGCAAAGAUGAUUGACACUCGUCUGUGUGGUUCCUGA